AUGUUGCAGACCAGGGACACGGACGCUACCCUUGGUCGAAAAGUCUACUAUGCAACUGCGUACUGGAUGCCUGCAGAAAAGACAGUACAAGUCAAAAACGUACUGGACACGAAUGGGGACGCCUAUGGCUUUUACAAUGACUCUGUGAAAACCACAGGCUGGGGCGUCCUGGAAAUCAGAGCGGGGUACGGUUCUCAGGCCCUGAGCAAUGAGGUCAUCAUGUUUGUGGCCGGCUUUUUGGAGGGUUACCUCACUGCCCCACACAUGUAUGACCACUUCGUUAACCUCUACCCACAGCUGAUUAGCAAACCUUCCAUCGUGGAUAAAGUGCAAGAUUUUAUGGAGAAGCAAGAUCAGUGGAUGCGGAAAAACAUUAAGUAUUACAAGGAUGACCCAUUUUGGAGACAUACAGGCUAUGUUGUGACACAAAUGGAUGGACUGUAUGUAGGAGCAAAGAAAAGGGCUGUGUUGGAAAAGACAAAGCCUAUGACCGUGUUCCAGAUUCAGUUCCUGAAUGCCGUCGGAGACCUGUUGGAUCUGAUUCCCUCAGUCUCGCCCACAAACAAUUCCAGCAUGAAAGUUUUUAAGAGAUGGGACAUGGGGCAUUGCUCUGCUCUCAUUAAGGUUCUUCCUGGAUUUGAGAACAUCUUUUUUGCUCACUCAAGCUGGUACACAUAUGCAGCCAUGCUCAGAAUAUAUAAACACUGGGACUUCAACAUCAAUGAUAAAGACACCAGCAGUAGUCGCCUCUCUUUCAGCAGUUACCCAGGGUUUUUGGAGUCUCUGGAUGACUUUUACAUUCUUAGCAGUGGUUUGAUAUUGCUACAGACCACAAAUAGUGUGUAUAAUAAAACCCUGCUAAAGCUGGUGGCACCCCAGUCUCUCCUGGCGUGGCAGAGAGUCCGUGUGGCCAACAUGAUGGCGAAUGGUGGCAGGCAGUGGGCAGAGAUCUUUUCAAAGUACAACUCUGGCACCUAUAACAAUCAAUACAUGGUCCUGGACCUGAAGAAGAUAAAACUGAAGUACAGCCUUGACAAUGGCACUCUGUACAUUGUGGAGCAAAUUCCCACAUAUGUAGAAUAUUCUGACCAAACUAACGUUCUACGGAAAGGAUAUUGGCCCUCCUACAACAUUCCUUUCCAUGAAAAAAUCUACAACUGGAGUGGCUAUCCAAUGUUAGUCCAGAAGCUGGGGUUGGAGUUCUCCUAUGAUAUGGCUUCACGAGCCAAAAUCUUCCGGCGUGACCAAGGGAAAGUGACUGAUAUGGCAUCCAUGAAAUAUAUCAUGCGAUACAACAAUUAUAAGAAGGACCCUUACAGUAAGGGCGAUCCCUGCAAUACCAUCUGCUGCCGUGAAGACCUGAGCUCACUUAACCCAAGCCCUGGAGGUUGCUAUGACACAAAGGUGGCGGAUAUCCACCUAGCGUCGGAGUACACAGCCCAUGCCAUUAGUGGUCCCACGGUACAAGAUGGCCUCCCUGUGUUCCACUGGAACCGUUUCAACAAAACUCUCCACCAGGGCAUGCCAGAGACCUACAACUUUGAUUUUAUUAUCAUGAAACCAAUUUUGAAACAGGACAUUAAAAUGAAGGAGGGACUUGAGGGAAUAGAAGGUUGCAUAUAAGAGUCCAAAGGCACUAUUUUAGCUAUGUUUUUCCAUUCAGAAAUAAUCUUAAUAAAAUAUAUUAAAUUCA